AUGGAAAGCGGUAGUGCAGCCUCGCCAAAAGGCAUUGCUGUAAUUGUUGGUGUCGGACCCAAGCUUGGCCGUUCCAUUGCUCGGAAAUUUUCCCGGGAAGGCUACACCGUUGCCAUCCUUGCCCGAGACUUAGAGCGAUUGUUUAGAUUUGCGAAGGAGAUAGCUAUAGGAGCGAAGGCUCCAGUUUUCGCCAUUAGAAUUGAUUGCUCUGAUUCACAAAGUAUUAGGGAAGCAUUUGAAAGUGUUCUUUCUCUUGGGUUCGUUGAAGUUUUAGUUUAUAAUGCGUACCAACAACAGCAACCAGUCUCUUUUAUCUCCUCAUCAUCGUCAUCUACAUCCUCUUCAGUAACGAAUACGAUGAUAUCAAAUACUCAACUGUGUCCAACUAGUUUCAUAGAUGCUCAUGUUGAUUCUUUUGAAAAAUCUCUUGCUGUCUCUACAGUUGGUGCUUUCCAUUGUGCUCAGCAGGUGUUGCCUGGGAUGGUAGACAGAAGGAGAGGGACCAUCCUCUUCACUGGCUGCUCUGCGUCUCUUAACGGAUUUCCUGGUUUCUCGGAAUUAUGUUGUGGGAAGUUCGCUCUAAGAGCAUUGUCGCAGUGCCUGGCUAAAGAGGUUCAACCUCUUGGUGUUCACGUCGCACAUGUUAUUAUCGACGAUAUCAUUGGUCCCCCAAGAUCAUCAUCACCUUCGAGAUUAAUGGUUGAGGAACAACAAGGAGGAGUCGGGACGACCUCAUUAAUGGACCCAGACGCAUUGGCUCAGACAUUUUGGUAUUUACAUGUUCAAGACCGGAACGCUUGGACUCAUGAGAUACAUCUUCGAUCCUCCAACUCCAAUGAUUUUAACAUAUAGAACUUUAUGCUGUCUUGCUGUUUUCGGGCAUAUUUCGGUUUAUGGAACAGCAAGAACAUAAUCAACUAAUUUAAUGGUCGUGUUGCUGUUUGUUAAUUUUGAAUUCCGUUAUAUUUUCAUGAUAAGCUCAUAACAGUACUUCGCGGUUUUAGUAAGGUUUAUUAUGCCUAGAGUCGUUUAGAACCCGACUUUAUGAGGUAUGUAGACUAAGAUCUAAACCGUAGAUUCACGAAUGAUGAAUUCUUU